GGUUGAUGGAGAAACAUACCUUAUAGAUAGCCCAGGAGGGAAUGUGUAUAUUUGCACAACUUGCAGACAUUUUCACCUGCCUUGAACAAUAUUUCUCAGAUGGCAUUUAUCAUAAUAUCUGUGGCCGAAAAAAACUCACUCCUGGAAUCUCAUCCUGGGAAUCCACAAACAGACUGAUAGAGGAUAGUGAAACCUCAGCAUGAAUGAGUCGGAAGGAAGUCUCUCAGCAGUCAUGUCAACUGGAUACUAUUUCAAUGGUGCUUUUAGUCAUUUUUGAUCAUUAAAAAGAAUAUACGUGGAGGAUAGAAAAUUCCCUCGAUCUCCUGAGAGUUUUGGGAGGAGAGAGCACGUGAGGUGGAUUAUCCUCGGGGGGAAUUAUUGGAUGGAGCUAAUUGUUUUGGGAAUGUCUGUGCUGUUAGUGCUCAUAGGGUAUUUUCAUCGAACAUGCAUCAGCAGCAGUGGCCGCGGCAGCUUUUUCCCUCUCUGAUCUUUGCAGUUAUCAGUGAGAGUCUGGCACUGCUGGCACUGGAGUACUGAUCUCUGAAAACAGUGUGUUUGGACAUUAAUGGCUUCGUUGUAUCGUACAAGCAUGCGUUUUGAUAUCCAAAACAGCAGGACGUGAGGUUCUCUGGUUUGGUUUAUUUGACCACAUGAAAGACAUGUCAUCCUAUGCCAUUCAAACCAGGCUAUGCACACUCAAACUGACAAGACUCAUGGUGCUGAAACCCCUAGAACAAGACCUUACGUCUAUUAUCAUAGCUGUCAAGAUGCAGAUAGGUAGCCAGGGUUCUAAGAGGACCCUGCGUACCACUGAGAUUGUGUUGCAGCCCAAUGGCACUGUAGACACAGAACUAGAUAUUACCUUCAUUUUACAGUAUCCCCACUUUUUUAAACGAGAUGGCAAUAAACUUCAAAUCAUGCUGCAGCGGAGGAAAAAGUAUAAGAACCGCACAAUUCUUGGCUAUAAAACACUUGCUGUGGGCACUGUGAACAUGGCACAGGUCCUCCAGCGAGCAGCUGACAAAGAGCUAGUCUUAUACCCAGAUAUUAAAGAUGCCCAGAGUGACCUCAGUCGUAUUGCACAGGUCACCAUUCUGGCCUUGUCUAGUCAACCAGUUGAUAAAGAAGAAAAUGGGAGAAGAAAGCAUCAAGACUCAGUGGAAGCAGCAGGAUCUGGGGAGACAGAUGAUGAUGACCAGGAAGACUCUUCCAAUGAAGAAGGCAGUGACAGUGAAACUUGUGAAAUAGAAGGCAAUUCACGGCCCAGGAAAGGCAGAAGUAGGCGGGGGCAUCCCAGGAUGGCAAGGCAAAGAAAUCUCAAACAGAAGUUCUUUGAUCUACUGAGAAAAUUGAAAGUUUCAGAAGAGGUAUUGGACUCAGAGCAGGACCCAGAGUUAGGGGAUCAGCUGCACAGCCAACAGGAAAUAGAAGAACUGUUCGAUGAACUCGAAGAUCUCAGCGACAGCGGACCCGAGAUGGACAAUCUUAGUGUGUUAUCUACACCAAAGCCAAGUUUAAGGCCAUUUUUCACAAACAGAGCACAAUCAGUUGAGGCCUUAGAACCAACAAAGGAGCCUGCUGCGACGUAUCAUAGUGAUGAUAGCUCCAAAAAGAAUGAUUCUGAUGGGCAUGGGGAUGACCUUGACCCUGAAUUGUCCGAACAAACGCCUGCCCCAUCACAAUUACACAAGGCCGAGAAGCCUGGCUCUCCUGUCGCUAAAGGCAAAAAGCUGUCUCGUGACCGCAGUAUUUCUUUAAAGGAAAAGAAAGUGAAAAAAGAAAACAGGCCAGCGGAGAGGAGAAGUAGUGUGGGGAAUAAUGACAAUUUACCCAGGAAAAUUUUGUUGGACCAGCUGGGAGCAGUGCUCCAAUCUGAUGAACAUCUCCCAGAAUACGUUAUAUUUGUGAAUGCCUGUGAGGGCCAAGGCCAGUUGUUCUCACACAAGAUCCAAGAACGCCAUCAAAAAGUGAUCUGCACUUGCUCAAAUGCUGAUGUCAAAGCCACAAUUCAGUUUAUAGUGAACAAAAUCCAAAAAUUCUGCCACAGCAACUCCAGAAACCCAAAUCCCAUCAAACUAGCCAUAGUAGGGAAUGAUUCCUAUGUGAAUGCCAUUUUAAAACCCUGGGUGGAACAGUUUGCUGCAAAGUCACCAGAUUGGCAAGGCUACAUCAGGUUUCUUAUCAUACCACUGGGUGGUAGUGUGAUAGGCAAGUACUUGGCCAGCAUUGAUGGGACUUACAAUGCAAUAUUUAAUGACAGUCUCUGGAAAGACAGCUUUGACAAGACAGACAGCUUUCCUACAGAUUUCAAUGAAAUCUUGAACAGAGUAUCAAGAUACCUAAAGGGUGCUUCCCAGGUUCUUCAGCUGCCAUUGGGUGAAGCCAUGUUGACGUGUAGCAAAGGAAAGAGCCACGAAGAGGAGUCUUCCCAAAUAUUCAUUCCAUUUAUAAGUGAGAUGCGUCUAGGGCCUACUCCAGGGGAGCUGUCCCAAAUGUCAGUGGACAUAGAUGACAGCCUGCCCACGGCACCUGCUAGUGGUACCCAGCUCUCCAGUUCUCCACCUGCAAGUUCUGAUAAACAGAAAGACAGCCAUACCCCACCCAACUCUCCCAGUGUCAGUAACAUUGCUGCAACUCCAGCCAGCCAAAGUAUCAGCCCCUCAGUGUCUGGCAGUGAGUACCAGGAACUCCAGCUGGACUACUGGACUGUGCCAGGAAAGACGGAGAGAGAGGAGAAGAGCAAGAAGGAACCCAAAGACAACAAGUCUUCCUUGAAAACAGCAUUUAGAUCUAUCAAAGUAUCACGUCUCCCACCAAAUGGAGAGAUGUCAGGACAAACAAUGUCUAUGGUUGUUUAUACAAAGGAAAAGAAACAAAAAA